AAUUCUCCCUCUUUCCUCUCGCGCCCAUAACUACACCCUUAAACUUACCCUUUGCCCUUACACCCGGGUUCUUCUGCUGCUUCAAUUCAUCCUUCCCCUCGCCGUGUUGCGCCUUGCCGUUAGCUACCUUCCUACCUACCCGCCCAGCUAGUGUUUAAUCGCCCGUUCUUGUCGCGACGAUGUCAGCAAAACACUUCAUCAACGACCCCGCGCACCUCAUCAACUCGGCGCUGCUCAACGUCACCCAAACCAACCCCUCCACCGCCCUCGAUGUCGAGAACAAGAUCUUAUACCGGCGCCCCACGCCCGCGAGCGGCUCAACCGUCUCCAUUGUCUCUGGUGGUGGUGGCGGUCACGAGCCCAGCUUUGCCGGCUUCGUUGGUGCCGGUCUGCUUGCCGCGGCUGUGAGCGGCACCAUCUUCGCGAGCCCCAAUGCCGAGCAGAUCCGCAAGUGCAUCCUGAGGAGAGUCAGGAAGGAGAGGGGUGUGUUGGUCGUGGUGAUGAACUACACGGGCGAUGUCCUUAACUUCGGUAUGGCGGUCGAAAAGGCCAGGGCGAGCGGCAUCGAGACCGAAAUGGUCGUCGUAGGCGACGACGUGGGUGUUGGCCGGACUCAGGGCGGCAAGGUCGGUCGCCGCGGUAUUGCAGGCACCGCUCUGGUGCAGAAGCUCGCUGGUGCUCUUUCUGCGAAGGGAGCGUCGCUCCAAGAAGUCGCCGGCCUUGCGCGCCUGGCUUGCGACAACCUUGCCUCCAUCGGCGCCUCGUUAGCGCACGUGCACGUUCCCGGUCGCAGCGUGGUAGAGUCGCCCGUCGAUGAUCUCAGAGAGGGCGAGGUCGAGAUUGGCAUGGGAAUCCACAACGAGGCGGGAAGCGAGCGCAAGCAAGCAGACCUUCCCGCGCUAGUCAAGGACAUGCUGGCGAAGAUGCUCGACUCCUCCGAUAAGGACCGCAACUUUAUCCAGAUCUCAGAGACUGACGAGACGGUUCUGUUGGUCAACAACCUCGGCGGCGUGAGUCCGCUUGAGAUGGGCGGUAUCUCGGCUGAGGUGGUGAACCAGCUGGAGCAGGAUUGGAAAAUCAAGCCCGCCAGGAUUUUGACCGGCACUUUCAUGACCAGUCUGAACGGACUGGGGUUCAGCAUUUCGCUUUUGAGGAUUACCGACACCGGUCUUGGCGAGGGCAACUCGAUGCUUGAGCUGCUCGAUGCGCCGGCUGAGGCGACCGGUUGGUCCGCGGCGGUGCAGACGCACACGUGGGACGAGAGGAGUAACGCGGUUUUGAGCCCGGAGAUAAUCGGCGAAGAGGAGGUCAAGCAAACCAACCUGGAGUUGAACCCCGACGUAGCCCAAAAAGCGCUGCAGGCCGGCUUGAACCGACUGGUAUCCGCAGAACCCGACAUCACCAACUAUGACACGAUCGUCGGCGACGGUGACUGCGGCAUUGGCUUGCGACGUGGUGCGGAGGGCCUUCUUAAGAUGCUGGAGCGCGCCAAGACUCCCAAUGAUGCCGGGCUGCUUGUGCACAACGUCACGCAGGUCGUCGAGAAGGAGAUGGACGGCACAUCGGGCGCCAUCUAUGCCAUCUUCCUUAACGCGCUGGCGCACGGCCUCCGCAAGCAGUCGUGCUCGUCGGCAACGCCAGUCACCCCCGCAAUGUGGGCAAACGCACUCAAGACCUCGCAAGAGGCCCUGGCCAAGUACACGCCCGCGCGCCCGGGUGACCGUACGCUCGUGGACGCAUUGUACCCGUUCAUCGACACGCUCGCCAAGACGGGAGAUGUGCAGGCGGCGGCUCAGGCGGCUGAGGCGGGUGCGAAGGGCACCAAGGGUAUGAAGGCGAGCCUCGGGAGGACCGUGUAUGUGGGUACCGAGGGCUGGCAGGGCGUCCCCGAUCCGGGUGCGCAUGGUCUGGCCCAAUUCCUGGUGGGCUUGGCUGGCGGACUGCAGUGAGCGGAUGAUGAGAUGAGAUGCUGAAGUGGCAGUGAGUUUAUCGUGGUAUAUAUCUGUAAUCAGUGGAACACAAUACCGGAGUGGGGGGAUAGUCAUUAUGGUUAAGGAAAAUCGGUAAUGGAUCGAAAGCCUUCUGUCGGCUAU